ACGUAGCUGGUUAUUCGCGCCGUGAUCGAGUCACAACACAAGAAUACCCCGAGCUGAGCGACAGUGAGUGACCAGACCACGGUCAACGUGAGAACGUAUUACCUAUACGAAUCGUCAUCAUCAGUCGCGAAUUCGCAGUCGCGCGUAAGCAAUCUGAGAAUCAACGGACAGUUCUUAUUCAGUAUCGUUGGAAACGGCUGAACGGUUGAACCGUCGUAUUACUUGUGGAUUUUGUGCAAAAGGCUUGCCUGGUUAGAUUUGCAAUCAUGAUGGCGAUGGAGCAUGAAUCCAAGCUAAAAGAGCGGACUGCAUCCACCUCUUCAUCUGCACCGCAAACGCCUUAUGAUAUGCGUGACGCUAACGUGCCAAUUAUCUGGGUCCUCGGCGGUCCCGGCUGUGGCAAGGGAACUCAGUGCGCCAAAAUCGUUGCCAAAUAUAACUUUUCGCACUUCAGCACCGGUGAUCUGCUGCGCGACGAGGUUGCGUCUGGCUCGGACAAGGGCAAGGAACUGCAGGAGAUGAUGAAGCAGGGUAUCCUGGUGCCCAACGAUGCGGUGCUGAAACUGUUGGAAGCCGCAAUGGUGAAGGCACUUUCCGGCACGGUUGGCUAUCUCAUUGAUGGCUACCCCCGUGAACCAGCCCAAGGACCGGAAUUUGAAAAAUUCAUUGCUCCUGUGGAUAUUAUCCUGUACUUCGAGUGCUCAAAUGAAACAUUGGUAGCUAGAAUCAUGAAACGGGCGUCGGAAUCAGCAACCGUCCGUGCUGAUGACAACGAGGAAACUCUAAAGACUCGGAUUGCAACAUUCCGUGAAAACACCGAGAAGAUUCUGGUUCAGUAUCCAAGCCAGCUCAGAAGGGUUAACGCGGAACGUGCCCCGGAAGAUAUUUUCGCUGACGUGGAAAAAGCUAUCGAUGAGCUUUUAGCUAAGAAGGGCAAAAAGGCCUAAAUAAGGUAGAAUAUAGAAUAAAGAGCUCUAAGUUUUUCGAAUGUAAUCACAAUCAACACGGGUGCUGCUGCUGCUAAAUUGACGCACGUAAAUUACGCUUGAGAUUUGAAAUCUGUAAUCAAAACAAUUAGUUUGAACGCACAGUUCAAACAAACAUGUUUAAGCCAAUCAAUUAUGUACGCUUAGCGAAGGAAAACUUAGCAAAAUCCUACCUUGCGCCUAAGGAAUUAUGAAAUUCUACGAUUAACAAUAAUAACUUUAUAGCGUAGCACAAAUUUUUGCAGAUACAUGUGAUAGCGUUGUAUUGAGUUUAGUUUAACUAUCGAUUGGCUUUAAAAUCUCUGUGUGGUUCUAUCUUUGAACAUGUGAAGGAUUAUAGAAACACCGAAGU